AUGCCUGAGAAGUAUGUUAGAAAGGGUAGGUUAGAUCGGCCAAAUGAUGCAACAUCUCGGGAAAGCAUUAAAGCCGUCGUGAAGCUUCCUCACCUUCGAACCACGUUGAUCACUCUGCUGGAGAUAUCAUUGAUCUCCUGUAAGGUCUCCUUAGAUACGGCCACCGUCAAUAGACUAGCAGCUCGAGCAACCCUCGGGCACCCUUUACAAGGGAUCAUGACAUAA